AUGACCUAUGGAGUGAGUACAGCAUCACUUCAGCCGUCCUCACCCAAUUCAUUCCCCAGGAAUCGCUCCGCUUGGUUGCUGAUCACCCAACGGAGGUUGUUGACCUCAGCUGGUCAAUACACGCCCCCAAGUGUCUCGGUUUCCCCAGGUGUGGGGGCUACCAGCCGCUUUAGCAUUUCGUACCGUAUAUGCUCCAUACAGUACAUACUCUUGUGGGACGCCAAGACCCGUCCGUUCUGUCGCUGCCCACAUCGUCGGGGAGUCGAGGCCCUUCAGGCCCUUCAACACCAGGCCCUGACCCACAAACCCAAGAUUGGCGUGCUGCUCCGAGUCCACUUUUCCACCCCGUACUUUCUGUGCUUUGCGCAUCCCUGUGGAGUUCCAGCAACCCGCGUUACGUCUCUGGUUCUCGACAUUCUCGACUCCGGUGGGCCAUUUCCCAUUUCCCCAUUUCCCAUUUCCCACGCUCAGAGCCAUGCCUGCCGAGAUUCUCCGUCCCACUCCCACUCCCGCUUCCAGCACACUUCAAGCACUUCUUCGCCUUCGCCCGAACCCUUUCCGGGAGUAGAUCAAAGCCAGGCCAGCCUUUUGUCGUCAUCUGUUCUCAUCGCCUACUAUCUGUACCUCGCCCACUCCAGCACCUUUUCUCUUUCUUUCCUACUCUGGCGACCUCCUUCCAUCGACUCCCGGCAUCACGAUCACGUCUCCGCCCUAGGCCGAAUUCUCUACGAACACAAAAACACGCCUCAUAAACAAGCACGAGAGAGUGGAACCCUGAUCGAUCUACCGAUUUCUACCGAGCACCUAUACUUUCGUAUCGUCCUGCGAACCCAACAACAUCCGUCCUCUGAUCCUCACUUCCGUCGUAUCGACCAUGCCGCAGUAGCAUUUGGGUCUUCCAAAUCUCAUCAUCCUCAUGCCUGCGCUCCGUUUCCGUACCGCGCGCGAAUUAUCCUCAUUCUUUCUUUCCAUUCUUUCUUUGAGAUGGCCUUCCGUUUCCCCCUGAUUUUUCUACCGUCGUUGCUUGUCCAUCUUGCGCAUCAUCCAAUGUUGGUAGCAGCUAGCUACGCAGAAGAGUGGACGGCGGUUGACAUGGGCUUCGUGGUCGGUACAGUCGGUCAGGCAAGUCGGUCAAUCUGUCUGCAGGCCUUUGCGUCACGGCAAUAUGCGAACACCGUGGGCCUUGAGCCUGUGAGCCGAACCUCGGCCUUGGGAACGCAAGAACCGGUCAGACCCCCGAUAACUACACUCAUUAUUCUGUCCUCCCACUCCUCCUCCGCCUUGGUCUACUACCCACUCGACUUGCUGUCCGAUUAUGGUUCCUGCACCUACCCUUCGAUUUUCAUCACCAUCUCGACCAGUGACGACAUUAUUCGCCGGAUUCGUACAUCUAUCUGUUCUUCAACCGCCAGGAGUCGGCUUUCUCCAUGGUAUCUUAAAUUACCGAAAAUACUUAACACUGAGCCGACGGCGCAACUGCUGGGCCAUAUUACACUCAACAUGGCCGUCGUUCUGAACUCUGAAGAGAGUUCCUAUUUCUCUUCAACACCCUUGCGGCGAUCUCAUUCGCAGCCCAAGUUUUCCACGAGACAGUCGACCUUCGGCUCGCCCGUAUCGACCAGCCGUAAAGACGGCGGCUACUCUAUCCCGAAGAUCGCUGAUUCCGCACCUUCUUCCGCCCCUUCAUCACCACGGAUCAUGCAAGUUGAGUCGGAGGACUCGUCGUUCGCAUCAACACCGGCUAGCAACCUGUCAUCAGUGUCGGACUGCGAUGACGCCGUCGAAUAUCUCGAACAUGCUCCCGAGGACAACUUCGUGCUUCCCCACUACCCCAUGUCAGGCUUCUACGACACAGCAGAAGACUUGGAAUCACCGUUGAGUCCGCCCACGGGAGACUCGCAAAUUCCUUCGCCGGCCGGACAAGAUACGUCCGGCAACACCUCGAGACCCGGCUCUCCCGAGUUUGUCCUGGAGGUUGAUCGUGCCGAAGAUGAUACUGCAGUGAAAGCACAACCGACAAGGCACGUCGAUUAUCUCUCCUACAAUUGGGCAGAGGAGGAUAUCUGGUCGUCGUGGAGGUACGUCGUAUCUCGGCGCUCAGAAUACAGCAACAGCGCGCGGCUCGAAAACGCCUCUUGGAGAACAUGGAUGAAAUCGAAAAAUAAUCUGAAGACUGUGUCCCCCGAGACCCUGAACUGGCUGAAGGAUUGCGACGUCACAUGGCUCUACGGGCCGCUACAGAAGGGCCAUGGUGCACUGCUCCCUCCCAACGCCAAAAACGGCGACGACGACACAUUGAACGGCUUGACGCAGAACCACUCUUUCAUCAACAAGAAGCCUAUUCUGAAAAAACGGAGCAUGUCUGAAAUCAUGCUGCAGCGGUCACUAUCAGCCUCUUCUCUGGUCAAGACGGCUGCUGCCGCUGUACAGGCCCAGGAGAAGGAUGGCGAGAGGAGGCUGCUCCGACCAUCUCUCAAACGCGCCGCCACAGAUUUCGGUGCGUCCCCGUUUUCUUACAGGGGACUGAGCUACGAUAGCAGCAGUGCUGCGCCGUCCAGCUCGUCGUCCGGAGUCGAGUCUCCCAGCUGCGAGAGGAAGCACAUCCACUUCAACGAGCAGGUCGAACAAUGCAUUGCGGUGGAAGCUAGAGGGGAAGAUGAGGACGACGACGACGGCGACGACGACGAUGCGGAUACAGAACGAUGUGACGAUAGCGACUCGGCCGACGAGGGCAUCAUGAUGAAGCGGAGCAAGCCGAGGAAGAGGAUGCCCGUGUUGAGGAGAAGAACGAAGAAGUCGAAGAAGCCGUCCGAAAAGAAAAUCAUAGCCAUGCUCCCUUCCACGACGCUCAAAUACCGCGAGGACGCUACCGAGUCGACCGAGACCGCGAUGAAGCACGGUACGGCCAUUUACCAGGAUUCCGUGCUGUCUCCAUCGUCCUCGCAAGAAACCCUGCGACCGUCCAAAGGGAUGGGCAAGUUCUUCAUCCAAGAUGAGGACGAGGACGCCAUGGAGGACAUGUUGACACCUCGGGGAGAGCGGUAUCCGGCGACAUCGGACGACAAGGAUCCCGAGCUCCGGGGAACACCGUCCAUAGACGGCCCGAGUAGUAGUCACGAGCCAGCUGGCAUGCGUCGAACCGAGUCGGGCAUGCUUAUGCCGUAUGAGGAAGCAGUAUCAUCGACUAGCGAAGGCAUCUUUGGCCGCGUGUUUGAGACGGUCAAUACAGCACGGGACAUUGCCCAUGUCAUCUGGAACGUCGGCUGGAGAAAAUGA